ACAGGGGCGUGUCAUUUGUUGGCUGCGGCCUGGGUCCUUGUGCCAGACUGACGCCGCUGAGCCGAUGACCAAUUUCCCACUCGUCUCCAUUUCUCCCCUUCUCCCCAUCCCCCCAUUUGGUGUCAACAUCCGUCUUGCUCCUUCCUCCUCCAAACCCCAACACACCGCCAACAGCUUAUUAUCACACAUCCCCUACCGAGCGAAGUUCAUGUGCUAGCUUGGCUUUCGAAUCAACUCUAACGCCGCGCCACAAGAACCUGACUCCAAUCAACCAAGAUGCGCGAAAUAGUUCACCUUCAAACUGGCCAGUGUGGCAACCAGAUUGGCGCUGCGUUCUGGCAGACCAUCUCUGGAGAGCACGGCCUUGAUAGCAACGGUGUCUAUAAUGGCUCAUCCGAUCUUCAGCUCGAGCGCAUGAGCGUUUACUUUAACGAGGCCUCCGGCAAUAAGUACGUUCCUCGGGCUGUCCUCGUCGAUCUCGAACCCGGUACAAUGGAUGCUGUCCGUGCAGGACCCUUUGGCCAGCUUUUCCGUCCCGACAACUUCGUCUUCGGCCAGUCGGGUGCUGGCAACAACUGGGCUAAAGGCCACUAUACUGAGGGCGCCGAGCUAGUUGACAGCGUUCUCGAUGUCAUUCGACGCGAGGCUGAAGGUUGCGACUGCCUACAGGGCUUCCAGAUCACCCACUCUCUUGGGGGUGGCACGGGCUCUGGAAUGGGUACGCUGCUUAUUUCGAAAAUUCGCGAGGAAUUCCCUGAUCGCAUGAUGGCUACCUUCUCCGUCGUGCCCUCGCCCAAGGUUUCCGAUACCGUUGUCGAACCAUACAAUGCUACCCUCUCUAUUCACCAGCUUGUUGAACACUCCGACGAAACCUUUUGCAUCGACAACGAAGCUCUCAUUGACAUUUGCCAGCGCACUCUCAAGCUAGCUAACCCCUCAUAUGGUGACUUGAACUACCUGGUGUCCGCUGUUAUGUCUGGCGUCACUACCUGCUUGCGCUUCCCCGGGCAGCUUAACUCGGAUCUCCGAAAGCUAGCCGUCAACAUGGUCCCCUUCCCUCGUCUACACUUUUUUAUGGUUGGCUUCGCUCCUCUGACUAGUCGAGGUGCUCACUCUUUCCGCGCUGUUAGCGUUCCUGAGCUCACUCAGCAAAUGUUUGAUCCCAAGAACAUGAUGGCUGCCUCUGACUUCCGUAACGGCCGCUACCUAACCUGUUCUGCCAUAUUCCGUGGCAAGGUUGCUAUGAAGGAGGUCGAGGAUCAGAUGCACAACGUCCAGAACAAGAACUCGUCUUACUUCGUAGAGUGGAUCCCCAACAACAUUCAGACCGCUCUCUGCGCUAUUCCUCCCCGUGGCCUGAAAAUGUCUUCGACCUUUAUUGGUAACUCUACAUCUAUCCAGGAGCUUUUUAAGCGGGUUGGGGAGCAGUUCACCGCCAUGUUUAGGCGCAAGGCUUUCCUACAUUGGUAUACGGGUGAGGGUAUGGACGAAAUGGAAUUCACGGAGGCCGAGUCUAACAUGAACGACCUGAUUUCCGAAUAUCAGCAAUAUCAAGAUGCUGGUAUUGAUGAUGAGGAGCCCGAGUACGAGGAGGAACUUCCUGUCGGGGAAGGAGAGUAGAAAUUCUCGGCAUUCCUUUGCCUUCUUUCCCUUUAUAGUGUCUGGGUGAAGGAGCGAAGGUGUUUUGACACUUUGAUUGCCGAGUAGCACUAUUUACAAUCACAUGGAUCUCCAUUUUCGCACAUCCAGGACCUGCGAAGUUGGGCCUACAGGGUUUGGCAGGCUCGAGAUACGUGAACACAGAAAUGCGUG